AUAUCUCCAAUCCGAACUUGCAGAUAUAGAGGCCACUUUAGACAAGCUCGAUUGACUAUACAACGACACAGCAAAGGGAAAUGACACAUGCGAUGUUCCCAGAAGCCUAUUUGCAUUGAAGAAGAAAGAGGAUAGCGAGUACCUAGACUGUAUGCAUCGGCUGAGGAAGACAUUGAAAGAAUACUAUGAAGCACUCCGAGCACAAGCACGCUUCCUGAACCAAGUCUCCCCCAACAGACGAACUUGCAAGAACCUUCAAGCGCUGUUCCAGUCACACAGAUUUGACAUGGCACAGAUGAAUUCCAGCUCUUUCCUGAAUGGGCGCUAUCAUGGUGAUUUGGUCGCUAAUUCGUGGGAGGAGAGGGAAUUUGCAUCCAAGUCUAUGGGGAUGUAUCUAUAUCGACCUUUCGAGGAGAAGCGCAUCGCCACACCAAGAGGCGAAAUGAGGAUCUUCUCAGACAAACGCAUCCGAUCUGUGGUCAGACUGCUCGCUAUCCCAGUCUCCUCUAUUCUUCUGGCUCUCUCGAUUGUGGUCCUGUAUUUUAUCAGUAGCCAGACUGUUCGCCUUGGCCUGGUGAUACUGUUCUCGACUCUUUAUCCUGCUGCUCUUGCUAUGUUGAGCGAUGCAAAGAAUUCGGAGAUUAUGGCAGUUACUGCGGCAUAUGCUGCUGUGUCUGUGGUAUUUGCGAGUGGUUUGAACUGACUAAAAUUGGAAUAGUGGAUGUAUUGAAGAAGGGGCAAGCAAUCUGCAUCCUGUAAAAGGAGAUUCUUGCUUGAGUAAAAGUAUUGAAUAUUUAUUAUGUGUCUUAUCCAUCUCUACUCUGAAUGCAUGCCCGAUUUCUCAG